AUGGCCAGCAAGAAUGCGAACUCCGGGAGGUCUGAGCAGAUCUGGAGGUCAAGGAAGCCUUCCGGAAUCAGGAAUCCAAUGAUCACUUCAGACAGGAGAGAAGACCGUCGUCGUGUCCCGCUCACCCAUUUCACUUUGCUCACCGUCCCUGAAGAUCCAAUGCUGUGUGCCUAUCUCAGGAGCAAGGAGUCCGUCGACGUAAGCCUGGAGAAGAGAAUGUCCGGUGCUCAGCUGGAGGGACCGACACGUCUUGGCUUUUCAUCCACUCCAGCACCAGAUUCGAACUCAAGCUCAGUCACAAUCGACAGAGCUGUCCAGCUGCAUUCGACGAAGGACCGUCUCCCUGCUACCGCCGCAAGCUGCGGCAUUCCAAAAAGAGAUGCCGCGUCGCAAUCAGAACUCGACCUAGACAAGUUCAUGGCGUCGUUGACAGCACAAGAGUCCCCAGACGUUGUCAUUCAAACCAUUGCCUCAACCAAAGCUGUACAUAGUACAAUUCCAUUACGUCCUUCGAAGUAG